AUGGCCUCUUCUUCACAAAACAUCAACACCGAUGAAGCAGACUUGGCAUCCAGUCAAACAGGAUGGGGCACAGACCGUUCACUUUGUCCUUGGAUAUCCACCCAUUAUCCACCUCCCUCUUCGUUUGCAGGACAAAGUAGCCCAUCUCUUCAUUCGACGUACUCUUCCACCAUACAACUUUCUCCACAGCUUGGACCGGGCAUCUUGAUGACACCCCCCUCCACCCAGCAGGAUCAUAGGAGUAUCUCGUGGGCUGGCAGUCCCAGCUCCAGUCAGUGCUCCCCAAGCAACAACAGUGGCACCGGUGAUUUUCACUGGAUGAACCUCAUGAGCAGUCCUGAGUUCGGCACUCCCACGUCCGCUCGGACUUUAAUUCAGCCUCAUACUACGGACACUACGUCUUGUCAGCACCACAUCCGUACCCAUGAGCGGUCUUCCGAUCACAGGACAUCCGCCAGUGCAGAGUAUGUUUCUCAUCUCUGA